AUGGCGGAUUCUUAUGCCGACCCUCACGCGCUAUCACGGUCUGCCUCGGAGCCACAGCUUGCGCAGUCCCCGGUCGGACCUUCUGCUAUGCCGCGGGAAUACGGCUACGCCUUGAGCAGCACUACUUUCGCUUCCCCGCAUCCCGUCGACUGGACGCUGUCCGAGUUCCUUUGGCAUGUAUUCCAGUAUGGACGUGAUGUACAUCGUUCCCGUACCCAUGCGGGCAUUGUUCAGAAGUUUUUGAAGGGGAAAACCCAAUAUACACCUGCAAUGAUAUUAGACUUAUGGCUGAAACAUCCUGACGGGUGCAUACCUGAUGGCGGGCCUCUGUAUGCCACAACACCACCCUUCACGGAAUUCAAACCUGUACGGCAAGCUCUGACAGCAUUUGCUGCCCAGAUCGUUCGCAAGACAGUCAUCAAGGAGGCGGAAUCCGCGGUUAUACGCAAACACCAACCACUUACAUGGCAGCUUGCUCGCGCCAUCGCCUAUAGUGAGCAUCCUGUAGUGAUGCAGGCAAUCAGCUCACUGAACUUCUCCCGCACUAAUCGAGCGAACCUUUUCCCCACUGCGCUCGGUCUGCUGAACUUUGUGCUGUCGGCACCGUACGAUCUCUUCCUUCACAACUCCCGCCUCGGUACAAUGCCGGCCUAUAGCACUGUCUGCAAGACGCUCAAAGGCCUGGCCGAGCACGAGGCCGAGGUGAUCAAGCUGCACGGUAAAGACCCAAAGUCAGUUGGCAUCAUUUGGCUUGAUAACGUCCAGAACUACCUCUUGCAACGGGAUGAGCGCAUAGGCCGAGAAAACACCCUGAACAUCGGCAUAGCGGCGACAUACGUUGAGGUCCCCAACUGCCCGCCGAGCGCCAUGGAUCUUGAAGACAAGCGGCGGCGGAUUGCGGAGAACCGGAGGAAGGAUCUGUCAGUGGAGCAGCUGGUCAGCUUUGUAGACAUGGAGCAUCGCGAGGUCGUCGGGAUCCUGCAAUGGCUUCGCGUUCUCACGCGCUAUGUCCCCGAGCUCGAUUCCUAUCGGGAGGAGGUCUCUCUGCGGUAUCGGACUCGUGGUGCUAAGCAUCGUCUCCCUGCAACCCCCUCUCGCGUGCAUCCGCUUGCGACGAGCGGCAAAAACGAGACGAUCACGACGGAGUUGAAGGACGCCCUCCUGGACUUUCUCGAGCAAACAGGCCAGACCCCAGAUGCUUUCAAAAAGCAGCUCUUCAUGCUAGGCGGGGACGGUUUGACGUACGAGAAGAUCGUUCAGCUGCGGAACUACUUACAGUUCCACGACAACGAGCUUGACAGUUUGGAGGUCACGGAGCCUGUCCUGGCGCCCUGGCAUACUGCUUGGGCCGAUCUAAGCCGUAUCUUUGAGACCCACUGGGGCGACUUACUCGCCAAGGAUCCGUCUACUUUGGGACACAGCGCUGCGAAGUUAGGCCGACGUGCCCCUUCGAACCUCAAGAAGGUCGACUUCCACUUCGGCACAGAGCUGGCCUAUCUGGUGCUAGAUGCUCGCAUGCUUGAUUGUUGGCGCCUGCACUUCAAACAAAAUGACCUCUUCGCUCACUUCGCAACCCUUGCCCGGAGCGGAAGCCUUCCGUCUUUUGAAGAGCUCGAGGUGAUCGCCAAGAAACUGUACCGUGCAUACUCGAGCAACCGUGCUGUCGAAAGAGCUCAGUACAGCUCUGACCCUGCUGAGGGGUUUCCACCGGAUGAAUGGGAACAGACUGUUCCUGUUGGCGAUCCCUGGCACUCGCCUGAGGGACCGUGUACUGAGAGCCGGAUACCCCAAACAAGCGCAGUUCCCUCGGCCACGCCGCAAGCGUCUUCUUCGUCGAUACCACAAGCAUCGCAGCCGACAUCCGACUCCCGCCACAAGACGAAGACGAAAGGAUCACCGGGUUCGAACGCCGGAGAGAAACCAAGCCCGAGUACUACGGAGAAAAAGUCGAACUCAACCGUGUUCAACGGCGAUCAAGUGCUUUCUAACUCCAUUGCGUUCAUGAGAGACACUUGGGUUUCACGGGAGUUCUUGUACGCGGUGGCCGAGGGAGACGUCGGGCGAGUUUACGAGGCCAUGAAGAUGAUGCUCUUGACGUUUGCAGGGUCUUCGCAUACAAAGUACACGGGAUAUCUCCUCGAAUUCAUCUGCUCUCUGGAGCUCGAGUCGAGUCCGGAACUACGGGAGAUGAUCCUCAGCACGAUCCUCAUCAAUCUCACUGGACAACCUGGCCGCUUCUCGCCGGGGGACCUCAUACAAGAGUACUUCAACCGCCUGCUCCAGGCCAUUGCGGAGCGCAAGGGAGUCGAGUACAACGACAACUUCAUUCGCAACAUUCUCUCCAGAAAUCUGCACCAUCUAUCACGUCUUCAAUCCGACUUGAAGGAAGGCCUUGGGCUCUCGGAUCGCUCCGGCCGACACUCUUCUCCUCCCACACGCACAGAAUUGACCGUGCUUCUUCGCGAAUAUCGGUCGCUGCAACUUCACUCACGGCGCGUUGGACGACACUAUCUCACCCCCACAACAACCACCCCAGUCUCCAAAUAUCCGACAGGAGACAAUCAGCCCACUCGGCUCGAGUACCACCAGCUCGCUGCUACUAACACAGACGACCCCGACGACUCUGACUCCGAACCUGAGGGCGAGCCUUUCGGCGAAGGCCCAGAUCAUCCGGGUCAAAAGGGCAGCACCCGCCCGCGCCUCAUGAUGCCGUGUUUGGUCGAUGGCGAACUGGUUUUUGAGGACCUCGAUCCCACGCAAAAUGCUGAUAGGCUCCUGGAAGCGAUGCAGGAGCGCGCUGGAAAUGGAGAUGCUGAUGAACCCCUCGCUAGCGAUGACGAUGGCGCCAAUGCAGCGGCUUGA